GGAUCUCAAAGGUCGGCAACGCCAGGGUUUUUCCCUCCAGGUGACACACACGUUGUCCUAAAAAUUACCGCUAGAACGAGACCGAGGCCCAUUCUCGGUGACCCUUCAGGAAAAAACCCCGUUUAUGAUGGAGUAGUUAUUGAAGACGAAAUGAAAAUUAAUAUUCUAAAGGCAUUGUUCGGAAAAAAGGAAAACUAAAUUGCCGUUGAUGGCUAAAAAUCUGUCUUUCAAAAAUAACUGUUAGACGCGGACCCAUCAUAAACAACCUACGAAAUCCUCACGUAUUAUGUUCCGUCGCACGUUCGGAACAGAGAUGGAAGUGUGAUAAAUAUUUUAAUAGAAAAUUUACAAAAUAGUGCAGAUGAAUUAGAAUGAGUUAGACUUAUGAAUUAGAUGAAUUUUAUUUUCAGCAAAACUGUGAUGCGAAACAUAUUGCCUAUGUGUAUAGUGCGUCAGAGGUUGUUAAUACCAAUACUCCCCACAGGUUAGCAACUCCUCCACAAUUGCGGGACUUAAAUCCUGUCGAACAUGUAUGGGUGAAACUAGAAAAAAAUGUGCGAAACCAUGAUGUAAUAUAGAACCUGACUUUGUUAAAAGUUUGGUGUUGUCAAUGUCCGAUAUAUUACGUAAAGUGAUUUGCCGAAAGGGUUAUCGUACAAAACAUUAAUUUAUAAAAUUCCUGCUAAAAUAAUUGUAGCAAUAAUUAAGUGUACGAAUACUUUUGUUCCGGCAAAUAUUUUUCUAUGUAACUUAAUUAUAACUAAGCUAACCUAAUUAUGUCGUCCAAUAUAUGUUCCUCAUUUUUCAACUAUUCAAAAAGAGGUCUGCUAAGUAUUUUUCUUUUACAUUCAAUAAAUAUUUAAUGAAAUUAUUAAAAAUUAGAGGUAUAAACUGUCACUAACAGGUUUGUUGACUGCCAUCAAUUGCUACAAUGUAAAGUGGGCGACUAGGGUGCAAGACAUCUUCACUGGGACGAAAAUUUUCGCAUUAGUGAUCAUCAUGGCAGCUGGUUUCUGGUGGCUCUGCUUGGGCCACACGGAAAAUUUUCACCAUCCCAUGGAUGGAACCAACACACAGCCUGGUUAUAUUGCCUUGGCUAUUUACUCAGGGCUAUUUUCUUAUUCUGGAUGGAAUUACCUGAACUUCGUCACCGAAGAACUGAAAGAUCCAUACAAGAAUCUUCCAAAAGCAAUUUGUAUAUCAUUGCCGCUGGUGACUGUGAUUUAUGUUUUGGCAAAUGUUGCUUACUUCGUGGUGCUUACACAGGAUGAAAUUCUUGCAUCGGAUGCUGUCGCCGUUACGUUCGGCGAUAAAUUACUUGGGAUCAUGUCUUGGAUAAUGCCAUUUUUCGUCGCCUGCUCAACGUUUGGAGCGUUGAAUGGUGCAAUAUUCGCAUCGUCACGAUUGUUUUUCGUUGGAGCCCGUAACGGUCAUUUACCCGCCGCUAUUGCUCUCAUCAAUGUCCGAAAUUUGACACCGAUGCCAUCUCUCAUCUUCCUUUGCAUUAUCACCCUGGCACUUCUGAUCAUAGAGGAUGUCUACGUGCUAAUCAAUUAUGUCAGCUUCGUUGAGGCUCUGUUCACUACACUCUCCGUGUCUGGUCUCCUCUGGCUUCGCUAUAAAAGUCCGGAUCGCGAACGACCGAUAAGGGUUUCAAUCGCAUUCCCGAUCAUAUUUUUCAUAAUCUGUGCUUUCCUGGUUACGCUUCCUUGCUAUGUAUCACCCUGGGAAGUUGGAGUAGCAGUAAUAAUCAUUUUAUCUGGUAUUCCUGUGUACUGGAUCUUUAUUCAUUGGAAACAAAAACCUAAAUUGCUUGUAAGGACAUCCCAUAAUCUCAACAUGAUGUGUGCAAAACUGUUUAUGUGCGUACAAGAAGAGAAAAGCGAUUGAUCACUAAGUGUCUUUUUAAUAUUAUGUACCUAUAAAGUAGUGCUGUGUAAAUUGAUCGGUAUUUUGCCUUUAAGUUGACAGUUCACUAUUUCUACCGAUUCCGUGUAGUAAUUUAUCUAACAACUAGAUAAAUAUUUUAUUUUAAUCUAAAAUAGAUUCGAACAUAUGUAUAGUCUCCGCCAUGAUAUGGCAAGGUUAUAAAAUUCUUCAAAAGACGAAAUUAAAAUAAUUUGCGUGUUAAAACAAUAAUUACUACUGGGAAUGGGUUCGAACCGAAUUUUUAAAUUGUCGAAAUUCAAGUCCGAAGUUUUAUGAAGUUCCAAAACUAUUAAACUGAUGAUUUUGUUUUGCAAGAAAAAUAAUUUACUUUAAAAACAGACGUGAACAAAAUUUGUCAAGAUCACAUUCAUCACACAAAUGAUUCGUUAUUUAUUGAUUUUAUACGUUUUCUUAUCUAGGUUUCAAGAGUUUCGAAUCAAAAAAGUGCAAAGCUUUGAAUUCUUAAAACUUUUAUAUAAUACGAAGAAUUUUGAGAUUUUGAUGUUUCGAGGAACCCAUCCCUAAUAAGUAUAUACGCUUAUGCAUACUGUUGAUUAACAAGCAGCACGCUAAUAAACGCAGUAUGUUUAUUACUAUCCAGGGGUAGUCAGUUCUUCAAUUUAACAAUUUUAACAAUUCUAACUCUCUAAACUUUCAGAUUUCUACAUUUCCAAAUUUGAAAUCUUUAAAUACUUAUAUUUCUAAAUUUAAUAAUUUAAAAUCCCAGUGUAUCCUCCGAUACUUAUCAUUGCGUACAUCGUAUGAAACCGGUGACUGUAAACACUUCUAUAAGUACUUGACCUGCUCAUCACUGCUAUGUACUUACAAUGUAUUAAGAUAAAAUCUUAAAAUAGAAUGCAGCAUUCGAUUCUGAAAAUUUCGAAUUCAUCGGAUAACUCUUGCCAAAAAUUUCUUCUCUGACCUCGUUAUAUUAUGAUGGAGAAUUUACCCAGUCAUCACUUGGUGCCUCUUCUUGAGUAUUUCUUUUCAUUUAUAGAUUCAAUAAAAAUGUUACUUGCAAUUUUCUGAAUUAUUUCCCUUGAAAGUUGGCAAAAUAUCAUCCUAAAUUCCGGUCAAUUUACAAGGCAAUACCAUAAAUACAGAUAGACCAGGUACAACAUUCCAAGUUGCUUUGCAUAGAAUGUAUAAACGAAUCUAUCGUACGUGAUAUUACUUGAAUAUGUCAAUUAGUAGAAUUCAUCAGCCGCAUGCUGUAACAAAUUGUAAUAUCCCGUUUGAAGUGAAUCACAAUUAAUUUUUUCGUAAGCCGUUUUGUUAUUGAAAAGAAAUGUUUUAUGUAAAAUUUAUCCUGUUUCAAGAUUUCAUGGUAAUAUGUAUUUGUUAAAUGGAAAUAUAUGUUUUCAUUUAGCCAUAUGUAGCCUACUUCGAAACGAAUUUAUUAAUUAAUAUAAUAUGAUGAUACUGAUAAUAAGAUGUAUAAUUUAAAAUAGAAUAAGUUUUAUUUCAAAUUUAUUUUCCCAUAACGAAUAAUGUAGAAGAUAAUUGCGUAGUACACUUCAAAUGGGACACUCUAUACAGGGUAUUCAUGUUACUGACACCAUGAUUUUUUUGAAUAUUUUCAAUUAUCUGACAGAAAAAUGUUUCAAAUAUUUGCAAUACAUUACUUGUUUUUAUAAAAAGUCGAUCACUGACAUUUUUUUACAUAGCGUUAUGUAUAUAUUUUUAAUUGUGUAGUGGUAUACUUGAAUUCAGAACACUAUUAACGACUCACUGUACUAUGACUUGAAAUAGCCGCGGCUGUUUAGAAUGAAGUUUUUUGUGUUACAAUUUAUUUGAAACAUUUUUCAAUCAUAUUACCGAAAAUAUACAAAAAAUUGUGGUGACAAUUAUAUAAAAAAACCUGUAUAUGUAAUAUUUAUUCUUCACUAAAUCCUUAAACUUCGCUUAACCCUUCCGCUAUUAUGAUGAGCAGAUAUAGCUGCACACUAUAAAACAAUCACUAUGUAUUACGGAUUGUAAUCAACGCAAAUAUUUACAUUUAAAAAUAAAACAAAUGUAGUAGACAUUUUUCUAACAAUCAGAAACAAAAAUAACUAAAACGAAAAAUAUCUUAUUAUAAACAAAAUUUUAUAAAUGAUGAAUAUACAAAUAUUUUAGAUUAAUAUACAAAUGUACGAAAACAACGUAGACAGUGGUGAUUAUAGCGAAAGGGUUAAAAUUACUUCGAACGUCUUCCCGUUACAAAAGAAAGGAAAAAGAAAUAACGGCGCGGUACCUACAAUCGAUGGAAAGUCGUUUCUUUUUCCACGAUUCGGUGACAGUCAGUUUUUUACUGUAUGUAAAAGUGUUAUUUGAAACGUAAAGUUUUAUACAAAAUUAAAAACAAGUGAUCAAGGGAAAUCGAAAGUUAGGCCACGGUAAAGUAACUAUGAAAGUCGAAAUUCUUCAGUGAAUGUACACACUUACUAGUCAAUGUAUACACGUAAUAAAAUAAUAAGUAAAUAUAUUCGCUAAUGAUGAUGAACAUUAACAAUUUUAAAAUAUACUAUCUUCGUGAAUUUAUUAAUUGUAUACCUAACGUACAUAUAAUCUUCGAAAAUCGCAUCACUACAGUUUUUCACCUACUCUUAAAUUUGAAUACAAUUUUUUAUGCAAAAAUGUAAAAAAAUGUCUUUACACACAAAUUAAAAAAACCUUGCACUAAUAAAAAAGUUUUUUUUUAAUAAUACAAGGUUUUUUUUUAAUUAAAAGUAGUUCUUGUUUAAGAACUACGUUCGUAUGCUUUAGAAUAGAGUUAUAAUUACAGUUUACAGCUUUAGAUAAUAUAUGUAAUUAAUAGCUGAAAAAAGUGGAAAUUUGAUUUUUAAACAGAGUUUAAUAAGCAUAUAUUCACGCUGUAAAGAAAAUAUACAUUAUCUAAAAUUAAAUAAUCACAUUUACAUAUAUACUAGCAAUGGUACACAUUUUUAUAUUCAAUUGAUACUUUUACUAAAAUCUUACGUGAAUACAUACAUUGACUAUGAAGAACUACAUUUAGUAAAUCUCACACUUUUACGAUGAAAUAUACAUAUGUACAUGUCAGUUUAUAAGACAUAAUAUGUAAUUAUUUUUAAGAGAAUUAUAUUUUAUUUUAUAUCGUUUAAUUUUAUUUAAAAAUUUUAGAUAUGCAUUAGGCUAAAUGGUUUGAACUCAUAAAAGAAAUCAUUAAUUUUUUAAAUUUACAAAUAUAUAUGCGAUUACAAUUAUAAUAC